AUGCGCCCCCCAAAUCCCUCGACAAAAUCCCCAAUCCUCAUGGCGCCGAGCCUGCCUCCGCCGCGACGCCGCCGCCGCCGGACGCCGUCGCCGGUAGACAACGCCAUGCGCGAGAUCUUCCUGCGCCUACCGGCGGACGACCCCGGGAGCCUCGUCCGCGCCGCCGCCGUCUGCAGGAGCUGGUUCCGCAUCCUCUCCGACGAAGCCUUCGCCCGCGAGUACCGCGCGUUCCGGCGGGCGCCGCCCAUGCUGGGCUUCCUCCACAACCAACCCCCCGUGUACAAGCGACCCUCCUGGGUCUCCCACUUCGUCUCCACCACGACCUUCAGCCCGCCGGAGUUCGAGGACCUCGAGGGCUACCAAGUUCUCGACUCCCGGCACGGCCUCGUCCUCCUCUACUCCCCCGAAAUGGGUGAAUACUUCGUUGUCUCCGACCUCGUCACCCACGAGGACUGGGAGAUUCACGUUGACCCCAAGUGCCACGGCAUCAUGCGGUGGGAGGACGACGGCCCCGAGGAUGUGUCCGAGGGCAUACGCUGUAAUGCGGCAGUGCUCUGUGACAAGGACCUAUGUGACCACCUCGACUGCCACGGCGGUCCUUUCCUCGUCGCCUUGGUGGGCUCCGACGAUGCAGAAGGGUCAAUGGCCUUGGCUACCGUCUACUCUUCAAAGACUCGUGAGUGGAGCGACGUGAUCUCUGUUGAUGUUGAUGAACCGGAUUUAAUCUAUGACAAGGCGCACAGUGCGGUUGUGGGAAAUAAGGUCUAUGUCCCCUGUGUGGAGAGUAGCUGUGUCUUGGAGUACGACAUUGGUGAGCAAGAACUAUCAGUGAUCAGUGUGCCAUAUGAGGACCAGGACGAGAGCCAGCGUUACGUCGACCUCAUGGGGGUGGAGGACGGCAUGCUGCUGUUUGCGUCUGUGAUGAAGCCUAGACUCUAUCUAUGGUCAAUGGAGGCUGGUCCCAACGGAGCUGCAGGAUGGGCGCGACGCAGGUUCAUUGAGCUUGAACCGUUGCUCCCUCGUUCUAUCCUCCUGGACAAUUUCACCGUGUCAGCGGUUGGUUUUGCGGAAGGUGUCAGUGUCAUCUUCGUGAGUACACAAUCUGGGUUGUACACAAUUGAGCUCAGCUCAGGACGAUGUGACAAGGUAAAUGUAGAGGAACACGUUCAAAAGGCCAUGCCCUACAUGAGCUUCUACAUUGGAGAACGGGGACUUUUGGACUAA